AACAUUUCCAUUUCUACCCUCCCCUCUCCUCCCUCUUCCCUCCGCCGCCGCCGCCGCCGCCGUAGCCAUGGCGACGCGGCGAUCCCUCCUCCGCCUCCUCACGCGCGGCCUCGUCCCGCACGCCCCGCAGCCCCUCGCGCCUGCCUCGAUCGCGGCCCGGACCCUGACCUCCCUGCCCCGGCCCCUCGCCCCCCGCGCCGCCGCCUCGCUCCGGCUCUUCCCCCCGCGCUGCCACUUCGCGACCCGCUCGUCCGACGACGAGGGGGACGACGAGGAGCACUACGAGGACGAGGAGGACGGGAGCGGGGACGAGUGGGGGGAGGACGACGAGGAGACGCCCGCCGCGAAGCCGCCCAGCGGGAAGACGGAGGAGGAGAAGCUGGCGGAGGCGAACGAGAUCGGGUACAAGGUGGUCGGCCCGCUCGGCGCCGACGAGAAGCCCUUCAAGCCCUACGAGCCCGUCUUCGCCGUCGUCCAGAUUGGUUCGCACCAGUUCAAGGUGAGCAACGGCGACUCCAUCUUCACGGAGAGGCUCAAGUUCUGCGAUGUGAAUGACAAGUUAGUUUUAAAUCGAGUUCUCAUGCUUGGCUCACAAGCUCAAACAAUAAUUGGGAGGCCAAUUCUUACUGAUGCUACUGUUCAUGCUGUCGUCGAAGAGCAUGCUCUAGAUGCAAAAGUUAUCAUAUUCAAGAAGAAAAGGAGGAAAAAUUACCGCCGAACAAGGGGACACCGUCAGGAAUUGACAAAGCUGAGGAUAACCAACAUCGAAGGAAUAGACAAGUCCUUUAUUCAACAAGAAGGAACAGAUAAGCCAGAGAGUGCCGCUGUUGCUGCCUAAAUUAAGAUGAUGAAUCAAGGAAGGUUGCUGUUUUGUGUUCAUGCCGACAAUACCAAGCGAUCCUUGAUGCUGGUGUUGGACAUUCCUCGGUCAAUUCUCGAUACGUGUCUGUUGCUUUUGUUCUGCUUAACUAAUUCAAAGAUUGAGUCGAAGCUGAAGGCUCUGUCUCUGUAUCGUCAUUUUAACGCGCAAGCCUCUCGAGCUAUGCCUCUCAUGUAAUCAGCUCCAGUGUCUUGAUAAGUUUAGAAUCUGGAUACCCUGGUGUGGAUCAGCUCCUGUAGUUUAUAGAGCUACACUGAUUUUCUAUUAUUUUUUUGUUUCCUUCACCAUACGCUGUUGAAUGUGCUCUGAUACACAUCCCUGCGAUGUCCACUGUCUACUCUUCAAUCCAUAAAUAAUGAAACUGAAAUGUUUAGUUUC